AUGCAGGAGACGCUGGUUCGCAGCAAGGGCUACCCGUUGGAGACACACGAGGUUGCCACACAAGACGGCUACCUUCUGCAGAUGCACCGGAUUCUCCACGGUAGGGAUGGACACUGCGGUGCUAACGAGACAGGCAUGGCGUGCUGCGAGCGUGGACCGGUGUUCGUCAUGACAGGCCUUUUGGCGGACUCAGCCUCCUUGGUGCUCGACUUCCCCAAGCAGUCCCUUGGAUACGUACUGGCUGACAAUGGAUACGACGUGUGGCUCGGAAACGUCCGUGGGACCACCUAUGGAAAGAAGCAUAAGGAGUUGGAAGUCAAAUCUAAAAAGUUCUGGAAUUUUUCAUUUCACGAACACGCCAUCUUUGACGUCCCAGCCAACAUCGACUACAUUCUGAGGGAGACAAAGCGAAAAGACUUGCUCUACAUCGGCAUGUCUCAAGGCACCCUUACGUUCUUCACAAUGUUGGCUGAAAAACCAUGGUACAACGACAAGAUUAAAGCUUUCAUUGGGUUGGCACCUUUCUACAAGUUGGGACACCUAAAAGUACCACCGUUAGCCGUGUUCUCACCUCAUGCAGAAGCACCAUUGCGACAGGCCUACGCCGCUGGCAGCUACGAGGUGCUGCCGCAGGGAAUGCCGAUAGCGGGCUUCGUGCGUCACUUCUGCGGACAUGCGACGCGCGGCAUUUGCUCCUACCUCGCCGACAACUUUGCCAAUUUCGGAAGCAGGUACAUCAACGAGUCCAGAUUGCCAGUCUACUUAUGUCACCUGCCGGCUGGAACAUCUAUGAAGAAUGUCAUUCACUUCGACCAGCUUGUGAAAUCAAAGAAGUUUCAAAAGUUUGACUACGGACCGUUUUAUAACAAGAACUACUACGGAAAAGUAAGUCCUCCAAUUUUUCUCGCUCCUGCUCAAGAACACACCAUGUUCGAAACAAAGCUCGAGGUUCGAAGCAGCUGCGGACGGAAGAUCAAGUUCUUUGGACCCGGUAUCGGCAUAGCGAGACUUCUUGGCUCUGGGAGGCACGACCAUCGCCAAAAUGGCAUGAAGUUUUCGGACGACUUCAGGAAACAAGCACGAGCAGCAGAAGGCAGACGAGGAUCUGGCAUAGGUGGACCUGUCGACGUGGCUCCGGGAGACACUUCCUUCGCCAGCUCGAGGUUGUGUAACAAGGACGAGCAGCAGAAGGCAGACGACCAUAUGGGAUCAGUGGACCUGUCGACGUGA